AUGAAGCCUGUCCCCCAAGGAGCCGCUCACAUCCUGGUUCAUUAUCUGUACACCGAACGUUACGAGGGUCUCAAGGUGAUUCGCAGUCGAGAGCUCGAUAAGACCAAGUCCCAGUUCCGCAUGGCGGUCCAUGUGUGCGACCUCGCGAGAGAGUACAACCUCUACCAACUCGAAGAUCUGGCGACCGACGAGCUAGUGGCUCUCACUCCUAUGCUACAGCUUGGCACCAUGAUCACCAUCCUGGACCAGGAGGAGUUCACUCACACUAAGAUCUCUGGUUGGCUCCGCGAUUAUAUUUCGCAUGAGGUCAUGACGGCUGGCAAGGCUACCACUCCUAGUGUUGUCCGAGGCAUGAGUGAUGUCAUGAAGCACAACCGGCCCAUCACGGGCAUUGUCUGCAAGGCGAUGGCUAGGAUGGAAAUGGAGAACCAGCGCCUUCGCCGCGCCCUUAAGGAGAACCCGCACCCAACAAUUUCCGCCAGGCCACAUCCUUUGGCGCAUGGCAAGAUGAAGACUGAAGCUACCGACAACGAUGGUCCCGGAGAUGUCUCCCAUACUCCCUCCAAGAAGGGUGCCACUCCGUCCAAGUCCCAUCUAUUCAGGCCUUACAUGGGUGCCACUUACAAACUCGAGUUUGCCAACAAGCUGGUCAUCAAGGUCUCGCGAGGUGUCAUCGAUAAACAUUCCGCCUUUGCCGCGCACUUCACCGACCGUCGCAUUGACCUCACCGAGAUGAACGAGAGCCAAGCCCACAUCCUCAUCCAUUACCUCUACACUGGAAGUUACCAGCCACUAGAUCUUGAAGCGGAAACUCCAGAGGAGAAGCACAUCAAGGCCUUUGCCGUCAGCCUUUGGGUCUACGCUGCCGCCGUCGAGUACGAUCUCGAGCACCUCUCUGUCCUCGCCACUCUCGAGCUCACCAAGCUAGGCGAGGGCAUGACUUUUAUCGAUAUCCUCGGAAUUAUCAGACAAGAGGAAUUUGAACUGGGGGAGCAUGAGACCUGGCUCUACGGGUACCUGGCCAAGCGUGCCCAGAGGCUGGAGCCCGUCAGCCACGAUCAUGCCCAGUCUCUCCGGGAGAGUAUUGGCGAGAAGCGAACCCUUAUAGACAUUCUAGUUGAGACGAUUGUUAACUUGAAGCUCGAGGUCCAGCUGCUGAAGAACCUGCUGCAGAAUGCGCGUACCCGAGGUUGA